AGUUAUUUACUCCUGGGUAUUUAGUUCCGACGCUUCCCUGCCAUGCCCUCAUCUCCUCUACUGCAAAUUCUGCGCGUCUGUUUUACCUUUUCGUAUCCGUUACUAUCCUUAGCCCUAGAGCAGCGCUCUUCCACACUCUUUACUACCUUGCUUACUAUACUUCUCUUCGCAAAAAUCGCCCUCUUGCUUCCUUUACGAGUAUAUACCAGUUCCUUCUAGUUUGUAACCGAGCCAUCCGAUUCUUGCCCGAUUUUCUUCAGUUCUGCGCAGCUAUAUCUCUCUGCGAUUUCUGUGUAUAUCGCACCAGCACGCCCCUACUCUUUGCGCGUUGCUGUCUUUACCGCCCCAAACGUUCUUUUGCCUUCCCCGACGCCUAUCGCCACUGCACCGUCUCGUGUCGAAUCAUCUACAGCCGUAAACAUGAAAGGUAGCACUGUUCUAUCUGUUCUCUGCCUUGCCGCGACUCAGCUUGUUGCUGCGGAGACCGUCGUCACCUCCACCUCGACAGCGACAAAUACAAUCACUAUGACAGUAUAUCGUGUGAAUGCUUUAGCUUCCGAAAGCCCCUCGGCCACGUCGCAUGACCUUGCUGCAACCACCACCGGCUCUGCCACUUCCAGUGCGCACAAAACAACUGCAGCAGGGUCAUCGACCAGCGCGGCAAGUCCUUUAGCUACGUCAGGUUCUGCUGCUGGAAUGUCCGGUGCCAAUAUGCCUGUUGCGCUGGCUGCUGGAUCUUUUGCUUUGUGGUUGGGCUACUUGUGAUCAAGUCUGAUGAUCUCUAUCCUGGGUAGUCCUUCGCGAUGAUGCUUUGAGCCUUUACCUACCAAACUCACUGUCCCAAAAUAUGGCAUUGACGAUGGGGAACACCGGAGGCCCAUCAUUGGUGGAGGUGCCCCUUUCUUGUCCUCUUGCUUUCUUGCUUUCUUUCUUUCUUUCCCUCACAUGUGAGGGGACUCUUUGUUGAUUGCUUUUCUCCUUCUCUUCAUCCAAUGCCCCGUCUUGGAUAUGACGACACACUGGAAGAAGCUGGGUGUUAAGGAAACCUAUGCCUACUCAUAUACCCCUUUUACGACCUUUUGAUUUGAUAAAAGUUGACGGUGUCCCAUCCAUGUACCCCCUUGGUUAGUUGCCGUCUAUAUGAUCAGUAUCGGUUUGCAAUCAGAUUGCGCCAUGGAACAAAAGUCGAUCGUGCACUGCAAGUGUUGCACAAUGACACUCUAUUAUCGGCAUUAUCGGUGUAUAUAAAAAAUCCAAGAUAACUUACUGGUCAAUAUUUCUUUCUC